AUGAAUACAACUGUAAUAACUAUUCUACUUACUACACUAAUAAUAUCAGGAGGAAUUCUCAUUACUAUAACAGGAGGAGCAUAUUUAUUUAAAAGUGAAAUAACCGAAAUUACUAAAUCCUUCAAAACUAAUUCUGUAAAGAAUUCAGAAAAAGGUGAUUUUACUGAGUUCAUUGAAAUGAGUGAUGAAGUAAAAAAUGCAAUGAAACAACAACUACCAAUUGUCGCAUUAGAAUCAACAAUUAUAUCACACGGUUUACCGUAUCCUGAUAAUGAACUUGUUGCUAAUGAUAUAGAAAAUAUUAUUAGAGAAAAUGGUGCAAUACCUGCAACAAUUGGUAUUGUUGAAGGAAAAAUCCAUGUUGGAAUGAGUAAAGAUCUUAUUUCACAAUUUUCUCAAAGAAAAGGAAUUGAAAAAGUUAGUGUUCGUGAUAUUGCAGGAGUGAUUGCUAAGAAACAAUGGGGAGCUACAACUGUUGCUGCUACAUCAAGGAUCGCAUCUAUGGUAGGUAUUAAAGUAUUUGUAACUGGUGGACUAGGAGGGGUUCAUCGUAAUGCUGAAGUUACAAUGGAUAUUUCUGCUGACCUUAUUGAGCUUGGUUCAAACCCAAUUUGUGUUGUAUCAGCUGGUCCAAAAAUUAUAUUAGAUGUUAAUAAAACAGUUGAAUACUUAGAAACACAAGGUGUUUCUGUUUAUGGAUAUCAAACAACUACUCUUCCCCAAUUUUAUGUACCAAACUCUAAUAUUCAUAUUCCAUCUAUUAAUGAAACUAAUACUAUUGCAGAAAUUAUAUAUUGGAAUAGAAAAUUAAAUAUUAAUAAGGGAAUACUCAUCACAGUCCCUAUCCCAAAAGAAGAUGCUCUUGAAUUAGAACAAGUAAACAAAUGGAUUGACACUGCACUAAAAGAAGCAGAAAUUCAUCAUAUUGAAGGGAAAGCCACUACUCCAUUUUUAUUAAACUAUUUAAAUACACAUUCUAAUUCUCAAACUAUUCGUGCAAAUGUUGCAUUAAUUAAAAAUAAUGCUAAAAUAGGAGCAUCAAUUGCCCACCAAUUAAAUUUAUUAACAAAUCAUCCUAAUGAAGAUAUUCUUAAGAAAGAAGUUCCUCUUUCAAAAAUUGUAGUCAUAGGAGCUAGUGUUAUAGAUUUUAUUAGUAAGGCAGAUGUUUUACCAGAAGUAAGUAUAGAAGGAAUUAUUACUCAAAAUAGAGGAGGAGUAGGACAUAAUAUUGCAGAAAAUAUUCAUAGGAUUGGUAAUGACAUUUUAUUUAUUAGUGCAAUUGGUAAUGAUCUUCUUGGAAAGAUGUUAAAACAAUAUUUCACAGAUAUAAAAAUGAAAACAAAUGCAUUGAUUGAAAGUGAAUUUUCAACACCAGUAUAUAGUGGAGUGAUUGAUACUGCAGGUCAAUUAACUGCUGGUGUUAUUGAUAGGAGAGCAUUAAAAGGAAUGAAAGUUAAAAAUAUUCAACAAUUUGAAAAAGAAAUUUCUAAUGCUAAAUAUGUUGUUAUUGAUACUAAUUUUGAUUUAGAUGUUAUUAAAGAAACUUUAAAAUAUGCCAAAGGAAAGAUUUGGGUUGAACCAAGUGGUGAAACUUCAUUAAAAAUUUUAACUGAAGAAGUACUGUCUCGAAUUGAUUAUUUCUCCCCUAACAAUUUUGAAAUAGAAUGGUUAAGUAAGAAAAUAGGUUAUAAAGGAGUUGGAUGUGAUGGAGGUAAUAUUACUGGGUGUAUUAAAAUGGCAGAAUUAUUUAUUAAUCGAGGUGUUAAAACGUUAAUUGUUAAAUUAGGUUCUUCUGGAUGUUUGCUUGUUGAAAAAAGAAAUGAACAAUUAUAUUAUAAACAUUAUCCAGCAUUCGAAGUAGAUUCAAUUGUUGAUGUUCAUGGUGCUGGUGAUGCAUUAUCUGCAUCAACAGUUUCUGCUUUACAAAGAGGGGAGCCAAUUGACAGAGCAAUUUAUUAUGGACUUGCUGGUGCUACACUUUCAUUAAAAACGGAAAAGACAGUGAAUGAGAAAAUUACUUAUGAAUUACUAACUCAAAUCGUUAAAGAAAAAAAACAUAUCGAACUUUAA